CACCGGUCUUAUCUAUUCUAUUGGUGUCCGCGUUGACCUGCCGUGCCCGGUCACAUCCACGCCGCCUCGCUGCUUCCACCGGACCUCCCGGUUCCCAACUCCCACGUCUCCUUCUCCUUAAAAAAACCGAGUAUAAAAUCUCCUCCCCCCUACUGCCUCUCUUCUUCUUGUUCCGGUUUAUUCCUCAUCAUCAUCAACUCAUCCAAAGCAAAAUUUGGGAAGUUCGAUAAGGAAAAAAAGAGGGUUUCUCCCCAUCUCUCCGACGCUUCUCCCGCAGCAGAUUCUUGUCCGAUCAGUCUCCUGUUGCAUUACUAUGGCGGACUGUAAGGAGAGCGGAAAUGAUUGGGAAGUCGUAUCACUUACUGCUUCAACAUAUGCAGCUUCUCCGGGUCCAAAAGAAAUUGAGCUGACUGAUGAUGACAAGAGUACUGUCCCUGGUGAGGAUGAACCAGAAACCUCUAAUGGUUUGUUCAUGUCUCGUCACUUCGUCUUUCUACCCAAUCGAGAUAACAAUUCUUCCCCAGAACUUUCAAGUCUUAAUAUCGCUGAAAAACAGAAAGGCGAAGAUGGUUUUGCUCAACUUGAUGCAGAAGUAAGUCGAUACAGGGUCAAGGAUGAAACUGAGUGGGCUUUCAAGGAGAAGACUCUGUCAGAUGAAUUUCCAGGAAUGCAAUUCAUUUCGGAGAAGGAUAACAUACUUCCAGUUCAUAAUACAGAAUUUGAAGAAGGCAAAAGUGUACAAGAUUUUGGUUUGACUGACAAAGAGCAGAGCUUAUACGAUGCCACCUUCAGUUCUUUGCAUGGAGAUCCAGCUUUUGGUCUUCCGACCGCUCUUGGGAAGGAUACAAUCACUUCUGACGUGGUUGGAACUUCUGAAGACCACCCAGAUUCCUCAUCAGAUGCAUUACACUCACCGAAAGCAAUUAAAGAUGAUAAUUCACACGGGUCUAGCCUUCCUUGCGGUGCUUGGUGGAAGAGAAGAGCUGCUUCUUUGUAUGCCCAAGCCAAAGAGGCAAAUGCCUUCUGGUCCGUCUUCAUUGCUGCAGCUGUGAUGGGUUUUGUAAUUAUGGGUCACAGGUGGCGGCAUGAGAGAUGGCAAGCUUUGCAACUUAAAUGGCACGUAAACAUCAGCAAUGAGAAUACAAAUGAAGCUCAAGCCUUUCUGUUAACACUCUGAUUAUUGUUACUUUCUGCUCUCUAGUGACGGUGUUGAUGAUUCGGAAUGAUUAUGACGGUAUGUUUCGGUGCUUUCGCAUCAUUUUAUUGUAAAGUCGCCGCAUUUUGUUGCUCACCAUAGUUAUCUCUGAUCACUUUUGGCAGAAAAAGAGUAGGAUGUUUGGCCCUAUAUCUCAGAUUAAAGUUGUUAGCCUGUGACGACGGACGCGGUACUUCUUUGUCAAGGGCAGCUCCAGCUCCCCUGGAUAGGCGAGAGAGGGAGGGAGUUUGACUGUAGAAUCUGUCCGGUGUUGUUCAAGUGUUACUACUGUGUAAGUACAUCUGUGAUGAAGCAAUCUCACUGUGUUAUAAAAGUUUGGUAAUUUAAGACUUGUGGUGCUCCUGUUUUCA